AUGGCGUCGAAGCGAGCUCUGUACAAGCCUGUGCCUGAAGACAAAGCCGCGAUAAGGAGAAAUAGGAGACCACUAGCUCAGGGCCGUCUUGUGAAUACUGCUGCAAAGCCCCGUCCAGCUGAUUCUGAUGCAUUUCACAGCCUUGAACAAGAGCAGCUGACAUCCAGUCCCCGAGCAAGAUUGCACUCUCGAGUGUCUCGACCUCCCAGUGACACUCGGCUUACACCACGCAGAAUCACACCAAAGAAAAGCGAUGAUAGACUGGCAUUGUUUUCUGAGCCAUCUGGUGUUCUAGACUUGUCAGACAGUGACCUAGAUCACACUGAAAAGGGCACUCUGUCUCGAGUAAAGUACAACGCGGAUCAGCCGAGUGUUCUGCUUGUGGACGCCCCUCAUCAGAGCACAGACCUCAGCCGAUCUGAUGUUGAUACGGUCACAGGAUAUGUCCAGUCUCCCGUCAAAGUCAUCUGUCAUUCUCCACGAGUGAGGGUAGGGAGUGGUGCUAGGGGCUGCCGAGUGCCAGUAGACAAUGUACCCCGAGUUAUUGUCAGAGAGUCUGAGUUACCUCCCCCUGUCAAUCUUGCCGAUCACAACACACAGAGCUUUGAUGGAACAGGUCGAGAGGUUAAAGCAGGUGAGCAUGGUGCAGUUAUCUCCCCUAGUGGCAGGCAUGUUCCACACCUGCCUGUCAGCUCAAACAGGUACCCUCAGCCUAACUUUGAUGACUCUCUGAAGCCGCAGAGCCCGGGGAAUGAGGGACAGCUGAGGCAAGGAGGUGACCAUUCUGAUGACCAGAUGUCAGUUGUCAGUAAUGUCAGCCAGACCAGCUCACUGCGGGAAAUGCUGGGAAGCUCAGCCAGCUGCCCUACUUCAGCAAAGAAAAGCGGGACUGGCAAGAAGAAAGUACGUGUGAUAUCCUCCAGGUAUAUGCAGAGUUGCGACAAGUUUAAGGCAGGUGGGGGAUCACGGCAAACCAGUGUCAACAAGAGCGCUACCUCAAAUCGGUCCGUUGUCAGGGGCUCUCAGAGCAUCAAUAAGACAGUGACAAAGAGAAAAGGAUCUGCUAAAAAGUCCAGCUCCGCUCUCUCCACGGCCAUUCAGCAGACCCCGCUGGGCUCCCAUCAGCCUCAUUCUACCAGUGGUAAGACUUCAACCCCCACCCACGAGGAGGUCUCCUUCAUGCACAACAUCGACGCCUCUGCCAUCACUGCUGAGAAUGCCUCCACUCUGUCCAUGUCCAUGUUUCCAGGCGGUGAUAACCAUGAGCGGGCUCCAGCUAAGAAGGUUACAAUUGAGCGGAGUAAGGAGACUCAACUGGAUCUGGACAUCACGUAUAGUGGAUACUUACAGUGGUUGUAUCUGGACGCAGCAGCCAGGAAAACACUGCAUGAUCAGGAGAAAUGUGCCAUGGGUCAGCUAAACAGUUUAUGGGAGGAGCUGGAGUCCUUGAGACAGACAGAAACACAGCUCAGAUCUGAAUUGCAGCAAGUUAAACGGGCAAACUUGCUGGAUGAACAGCUGGACUUACAGAGUUCUGGCCUUUCCCCUGUGAUUUGUAAGCUACCACAGCUGAGCUCAGACCACAAACUGUUAGCCCAUGCCCUGGACACCACACGUCACCAGAUCCCUGCCCAGGGAGUACAUCUACCCAUGGAUCAGGACAGUUACCAAGAGAGCCUUAUCAGUGCUCUAAAUGAGAGUGAGCGACUUCUAGGAGAGCUAAGCAUGUUAACACGGCGACACACUCCAAAAGUGACUGAGUAUUCGCGUGCCUUUCAUGCCCUGGAGAUGGCAGCCGGGCGAGAGAGUCAGCUACACAGGGACUGCCAGGGGGCGUUAACAGCGGCACAUUCCCUCACCACAGCAGAGACCUGCCUCAAAAUACAAGCUAUACAGGCCCAGAGGAGACUGUCAGUCACGGCUGCUGGGAAACCCAUCAGGCUACAGGUCCCUCAGUUGACUGUUAGCUUCAAUAAAGAAAAUAAAGUCGCUCACACAGCAAAGGCUUAG